UGUGUACUCGGUUGUUGUUGGGACGUUUACGCUGCUCGGUCCGCUCCGUUCUGUGAUCAUGGCUGCAAAGGACCACACCAGCCAUGUUCGCUAAUUUAAAACCCAAAGGUUGGGAACAGUUGUUUGUUGUUUACCGCCGUGCCAGCGUCACCCGCACGUCCGUUUAGACGAAGGUUUAGAGCCACCUGAGCCUCCGAAGUCCACGCACCGAAAGAUGGAGUCAAAUAACCAUUUCAACUAUGACACCCACUCCUCCGCAAACUCAGGACUGAAACUCUCCCCCGGGGAUUCUCUCUAUACUAAUGGCUCCUCCAUGAGUUUCCCUCAGCAGGGCAAGACAGAUAUGAACGGCGAAAUGAAUGUGAACGGCGUCACUACUGUACUCGGGUCCGGCGGGGUGCCCGGUUCCCACCCGCCGUCAGCUCCUUACCCACACAUGAGCAACCACCACCAGGGCAGCAUGGGCUAUGACUACCUGUGGGGGGGUCACCCGCAGUACGGGCCAGCUAUGGGCAACCCGCCGGGGCACGGGAUGCACCAGAAGCAGCCCACGGUGGUGCAGCCUCAGUCACAGCACCACUUCCAGGCUCACGGACAGUACCAGCUGAACGGGGGCGUCGAGAGCUCCCACCAGGCCCCUGCGUCGGGCCCAGCCAACAUGCCCCUUACUGGGAGUCAGUACUGGAACAGGGGUAACCCCGGCCCGCAGCAGAUGAGCUACAACUCCCACAGUAUGUACGGGACUUACCCGAGUCAGGCGCAUCCUGGAAUAACACCAUCACAACAACAACAACACCACCAGCAGCAGCAGUCCCUACAGCCCGCCCCGCAUCAGCCGUCACAGCAGCACCUCCACUCCCACCGUCACCCACACCACCACCACCAGCAGCACCAGCAACCGCAGCAUUAUGGCCUCAUGCCCAAUGGGAUGCCCUACUACCAGCCUCAGCCUCAGCACCCGUCCCUCCCGUCGCCCCAGCAACAGCCGCCGCUGCAGUCUCAGCCCCAAAGCCAGGCGCAGAUGAUGCCCCCGGCCGCUCAGAAUUUCACUCCGUCGCGCGGCAGCCCCCAGCACCACAGCUUAUGCAGAGGGGCCACUGGCAGCCCGCUCCCGGUGGGAAUGGCCUCGACGCAAAUGAUCUCACCGCCAACAGCGCAGGACAGUGGAUCGCCCAAGGGUCACAGCAGGGAGCGGAGCCCCCAUGCCAGCAAUGCAGGGAUAUCCACCGUCAUGCAAGGUCACACAAAAGAAGCCGUCAAGGAGGUUGAUACCAGCUACAACGGUGUGGAAAGAGCAUCCGUUGCCCAUCGGCUUCCCAAAAGUUCAUCUCAUACAGGACCUGAUUACCGUCAGCAUUCUGAGCGACCGGAAAUGGCCUCCCCGGUCAGAGAGACGGCCGCUAAUACGCCCACUCUGUCAGUGUCGUCUCUGCUCUCUGCAUCCACCAAGGCCUCAACACCUCCUCAGGUCCCCGAGUGUCCCACGUCUGCCCCCGGGCCUCCUCCAUUAUCGCCCCGUGCGGUAGAAUCUACUCCACCACGACUCUCCACGCCCCCCCAUGUGUCCUCCACUCUAUCUCCAGCUGCUCCUCCCAGACUUUCCUCAUCGCCACUAAUGAAGCAUGGCCUCAGGCCUCCCCCUUCUGUUGGGUGCGAGACAUCCCCUGCUGGAUCCAAGCAUCUGUCAGUGGGGUCCUCCUCUUCCUCCCCCCUGCCUGCAUGCCCUCAGAAGUCUUCUACACCUCAUGCUUCAGCUGAUAAUGUGUCUAAACCGGCAGGUUGCUCAGUGUCUCCUCCGUCAUCGGACUCUUUGACUCCUCAAGCCAAGUCUUCAUUGCCUUCUAGACCUCAAGCAAAUGUCACAACUGCCCCCAUCUCAUCUCUUCAGCAGAUGGUUCAAGGGUCCAAGCCUCCUCCGAUGACAUCUUGCUUUUCUGAAACGUCUGGAGCUCCGCAUGAGAGGUCUGGACCCCCAAAAUUAACGCCUGCCUCAUCAAUGAGGGACCGAUCCUCAUCCGCUGGUGUGGCUCCGCCUCUAAUUUCAGCACUGGGAUCUCCAACCUCAACACCACCCAUGGUGUCUUGUACAUCAUCAUCUUCUGUCUCAAAAACCCCUUCAGCUGGCAGUAGACCAGAUGACCGAGCGUCCUCGCCCCAGAGACGCGCUGCGCCAGCUGCUGACUCUGGUCUUUUCCCAGCAUCCUCGUCACCAGCAGCAGCUGUGAACUUCUCCUCCUCAGCAGCCCAUGAAGGCGUCACAAUCCGACCUCUGUCUGCCCUACCUCUUCUAACCGCUCAAGCCUCCAGGACUGCACCCGCGUGCGCCCCUCCUGCUCUGGUGUCCCUGACCUCGUCGGCGGGUACGUCUUCUGGAGUGGUCCAGAGUUCUGACCCCGCGCAGCAUCCUCCUCGCGCGCCCAAGCGGUCGCCGCCAAAGUCCGAGCACCGCGGUCACAGCGAGGAAAGGAAAGCGUCGGCCAGGGAACGAAACGGGGAACCAGAAGAACAGCUUCCUCGUCCCCAAGUCAAGCCGUCGCAUACGGCGGAAGCAACUGAGACUAACGCACCUGAAAUUCAAUCACCGAAACCUCUCACAGAUCUUCCCGGGAGACCUCUGCAGACCACGGCCUCUGACAAGAGUAAACCAACCCCCCCUGAAAAGAACCACCUGCAAAGUGGUAUCUGUGAGGCUGAGGACUCCCUGGUGGAGCCCACUCCGCUCAGAAUGUCUCCAGAUCUCCACAGCACAGGACUAGAACCUCUGACGGAUGAUGAUGAAGAAGAAGAAAGUUUUACCAUAUCAUACGCAUUUGAUGGCCCUUCGGCAUUUGACAGCUCCUCUCGGAUGGAUGUCAGCUCUGCCUUUGGAAGGAGGUCUAGAAAGAACUCCUACCUAGAGUACGUGGACUCGUGCCCGGGCGACAUCGUUCUGACCGACGACAUCGUUCUGACCGAUGACAGUUUUCAGCUGAGAAAGGACGCGUCUCAGUUCGACAGCACAUCCCAUGCAGAGGAGGAAGCAUCUACCGGGUUUGACACCACUGGAGUGAGCAGCUAUUCAGUGCAGGACUCCAGGGACGACACGCUGGACUCCACCAGGGAAGGGGAAACGCCUGAGGCGGAGGAGGCCAAGGAGGGCCCUGCCGUCACAGGAGAACCCCUGCUGGAGUGCCCCCCUCAGAUGGACGAGCCUUCUGAUAUCUCAGGACCUGACGCAGAGUCGGGUCCCGGAGGACACGAUGCGUCAGACUCAGCCAGACGCGUUGGCAUCAACACCACUGGUAGUGAGGCGAUGACUCCCCCGAGUUUUAAGAUGAGAGACGAGAACUUCCUCGCCUCCAGUACCCCUGCGGAGAGCCUCGCUGUGCACCCACUCCAACCCGCGACGGACCCCAUCGCGCCAGCUGCAGGUGGACCCCAAAAGACGCCGCGCAAACCGCGCAAACCUCGCACUCCAAAGGCAAAGUUGAUUAAAAGCCCAGCUCCGGAGGAGGCCAAGCGGAAGCCUCGGGCUCGAACCCCUAAAGCGGAGACGCUUAAUACCACUGAAGAGGGCGGCGAUAAGGAGGCGGUAGUCAAGGGCAGAAAGAGGAAGAAGCCCGUCAAGGUGGACGUGAACGAAACGUCUGAUGUCAGCGGAGCGGCCGCGCCUCCCACAGGAGACGUGGAUCCCAUCACAGCCACGAUCGAAGCGGUUCUGGCCGACGCUUUAGCUUUCACCCCAACAGUCGUGAAAGCCAGGAAACGGGUCAGGAAACAAGACCAGCAAGGAAAUGUGGCAAAGACACCCAAGCAAGACGGCGAAAAGACGGCUAACGACGCCGAGGAAAAUGAUGACGACAGCUCCACUGCAGGUGAAUCCAGCAGACAGCGGAGGGUUGCAACCGAGGAGCAGGUUCAGUUCCCGAUGGGACACGGUUGGAAGCGGGAGAUUCGUGUGAAGAAAAUAGAGGACCGCAUGAAGGGCGAAACCUGGUACUACACACCCUGCGGACGCAGGAUGAAGCAGUUCCCGGAGAUAGUCAAGUACUUGAAGAAACACACGGACAGCGUGGUCGGCAGGGAACACUUCAGCUUCAGCCCGCGCAUGCCUGUUGGCGAUUUCUACGAAGAAAGAGAAACCGCUGAGGGGAAGCAAUGGAUCCUCCUGGCCAACGAGGAGGUUCCCUCCAUGAUCAUGGCGAUCACUGGCCGGCGAGGUCGACCCCCAAACCCCGAUAAAGAGAAACCGCGGCGGGUCCGUGCCCUGAAGGCGGGGCAGGCCCGCCGCCCCGGCAGACCCCCCAAACCCACGCUGAUGGACCUCCUCAGCAAAGUCGACGCCAAGCUUUUGAAGCGCCUCGAGGCCAAGGAAGCUCUCACGGAGGAGGAGAAGGAGAAACUCGCGAAAAUCAAAAAGAAACUGAAGAGAAAGGCCAGAAUGAAGAGACGGGAGGACGCCAAGGUUAAGAAGAUGAAAGUGGAGAAAAACAAGGCCACGCUCGAGCAAGAGGCCAAGGACCCAAAACCGAAGGCUGAACCAACCGACCCGACGGCCCCCCAGGCCGCGCAGCAGCCGGCGCCGCCGCCGCCACCGCCGGUGUCACCCGCCGAGCCCAAGAAACCCGGGCGCAGGAGGUCAGUCAAGGUGGAGGCCCCUCCGCCGGUACAGCAGACGGACGAGGAGAGGAUCGCUCAGGGCAAGCGGGUGCUGGGCGCUCGCAGCAAAGCCAAGGCUCUGGCCAAGGCCCAGGCGGAGGCCGAGGCGGCCGCUCAGGCGGCUCUGACCGCUAAGAGGGCGGCAGAGAGGAGGGCGCAGACCCAGAGGCGCCUGGAGGAGCGCAAGAGGCAGCAGCUGAUCGCCGAGGAGCUGAAGAAGCCCAUCGAGGACAUGUGCCUCACUGACCACAAACUGCUGCCAGAGCUCUCCCGUAUCCCGGGUGUGGUUCUCUCCGGCAAAGCCUUCGCCCACUGCCUGGCUGUGGUGGAGUUUCUACACGGCUACGGGAAGAUCAUCGGCCUCAAUAUACCCAAGGACGUCCCCAGCCUCGCCACCCUGCAGGAGGGUCUCCUGGGCCUGGGCGACGGCCAAGGGGAAGUCCAGGACCUUCUGAUCAAGCUGAUGGAGGCGGCUCUCCUCGAUCCAGGCCUGCCAUCGUUCUAUCAGUCAGUAAAGAUCCUCGGCGACAAGCUGGUUGAAACCGAGCUGACUCGCAGCACCGUCUCCGAAGUGCUCCGGGUCUUUUUGGAAUGUCACGGCUACGAGACGGACGUCUGCAACGCGCUGAGGACCAAAACGUUUCACGCGCUGCCUCCGGACACCAAGGCGGCCAUCCUCGGCUUCCUGGUGGACGAGCUCAACAGCAGCAACGCUGUGACGAGUGACAUUGACAACACAUUAGAAAACAUGGCAACUUACAGGAAGAACAAGUGGAUCAUUGAGGGGAAGCUGCGCAAGCUGAAGGCAGCACUAGCGCGCCGCACGGGCCGCUCGGAGGAGGAGCUUUGCUUUGAGGAGAGGAGGCGCAGUGCCAGAGUGGCGGAGGAGGAGACCCUCAGUCUGGAGGAUGGUGGCCUGGUCUCUGAGCGAGGCAGCCGCCGCGUGCGCAAGGAAGAGCCCAAACUCAGUGAUAGUGAGAGUCCUGCUAAUGCCAGCAUUCCAGAGCUGGAAAGGCAGAUUGAUAAGCUAUCCAAGCGCCAAGCGUUUUUCCGGAAAAAGCUGCUACAGUCAUCUCAUUCCAUGCGGGCCAUACUGCUGGGCCAGGACCGCUACCAGCGCCGAUACUUGGCUCUCCCGCACCUCGGAGGAGUCGUGGUCGAAGGGCCGGAGGAGCUUUUGACUUCUGGAGAAGUCCUCGUAGCCGAGGUUCCCGUCACCUUCCUCAAAAAGGAGCCCAAAGUGGAGGAGAUCCCCACGCCCACCACUCCCCCUCCUGCUCUACCGUCCUCCCCCUCCUCUGCUCCCUCCGCACAGACCUCAUGUCCAGAGGACAACGACCUCCCCGGCACUGCAUCCCUCAUGAGCACGCCAAGAGGUCGAGGGCGGCCGCGAAAAAUCAAACCAGAAGUGGAGCUCCACCUGCGCACGGCGAAGAUUCGCCGCCGGCGCCGGAGUAGCGCCCGGUCGGCGGGGGGGGAAGCAACGCCCGGGUCGCCGGGCGGCGGCUGCGGCCCGCAAAACCUCACGCAGGUCGCUUUCCAGAGCUGGCUCAGCCAAUCGCAGGACGCGGUGACCAACGGCGCGUGCUCGGCAGCAGGAGACGCUCCGGAGGGGAAUCGCCCGGAGGAGAGCGUGAAGGAGGCGGCGGAGAAGCAGGGGCAGUGGUUCAACCUGCUCCCCAAACAACCGUGCGACGAGGACUCUCUGACCGCGAGUCAGAUCCCCAGCUCGCCCCCUAAGCUCCUCCCCCAGACCGCCAGCGCUGCGCCCGCAAUCGCCGCUCCACUCGCGCAGCCGGACCCGCCCUUGCCGAGCCUGACCGCUGCCGACCUCUCGACCCUGGCAACCCCGCAGGAAAUUCCCCCUGCGCUACCUGCUGCUGCUGCUCCCGCUGGCUCCCCGGCUCCGCCGCUCCCUCAGCUUCUUCCGGCUACCAUUCCUCUGGCAACGAUUCCUCCGACUACCAUUCCUCCGGCAACGCCCGCCCCGACGACCCCCGCCAAGCCGGGGCGCAGGCGCAGGAGAGGCAGCCGAGGCAGCAGUCCGGCUCGCAGAGGAGCGAGAGGAGCCGCGGCCAAGCGCCGCGGCCGGCCUCCAAACUCCGUGUUCCAAGAGCUCGAGCAGCUGUACUUCACCCAACUGGUGGUCAAGCCGAUACCAGCAUCAAUGGUGCGCGGCUGGUGGUGGAUCAAGGACCCAGAGGAACUGUAUAGCACCUUACAGGCCCUCCAUCCAAGGGGCAUCCGGGAGAAGGUUCUCCACAAACAUUUGGCCAAACACAUGGAGAGUUUAGCUGAGAUCUGCAACAAGCCCGUCAACGACCCUAUAUUUGAGUCAAAGGUAGACGAGAAGGACCUGCUGGUGGAGGCUCUGCAGCAGCCUUGGCAGGUGCAGGAGAGAGCAAUGGAGACCGACGUUUGCGCCCUGCAGUGGGUGGAGGACCUGGAGCAGCGCGUCGUUGCAGCCGACCUCCACCUCAAGGCGGCUCCUCAGAGUGCGGUGAACGAAGCCAACACCGAGUCCAACACAGAGACACCGAUGGCUGAAUUCCAGCCCUACACGAUCCCAGAACCCGACUCCACACGCGACGACCUCCAGUACUACGAACACGACGCCGACCCGCGCGACGACUGGACCGUGCGCACCAAGAAGGAGUGGUCCGGCCUGCCGCGCGUCGCCACACACCCCGUGGACCUGGCGGUGCUGCGGCUGUCCAACCUCGAGCGGAACAUCGAGAGACGCUACCUGAAGGAGCCGCUCUGGAACCCGGCCGAGGUGAUGCGCCUCGCCCCGCUCACGCCCACCCCAGGAGAAGAGCAUCCCAUGGAUGUCUUCAGUCUGGAAAGCGAGAUCACGUCCCGACUACGAACAUGGCGACAGGCUCUGGACCGCUGCCGCAGCGCCCCGCAGGUCUGUCUGUGUUUACUCCAGCUGGAGAAGGCCAUUGCAUGGGAGAGAUCGGUAACUAAAGUGAAUUGCCAGGUCUGCAGGAAGGGAGACAACGACGACCUCCUCCUGCUGUGUGACGGCUGUGAUCGCGGUUGCCACAUGUACUGCCUGAGGCCCAAGAUCACCCAGGUGCCGGAGGGAGACUGGUUUUGUCCUACAUGCGUCGCCAAGGACGAGUGUGACGUGCAGCGCUCGUCCAAGACCAGGACCAGGGUGAAGAAGCGGCGGUACGAAGACGACAGCUCCGAAGACGAGACGUCGGCGCGGCGGAGCGGCGGCGGCGGCGGCGGCGGCAUGGCAACGCGGUUCAAGGAGGCCGUGACGCCGCCCUCGUCCGCCCGUCACUCGGGAGAAGGAAGCGCCGCCAAACGGCGCCGCAUGACGACCCGCAACCAGCCCGACCUCACGUUCUGCGAGAUCAUUCUAAUGGAGAUGGAGGCUCACUCGGAGGCCUGGCCGUUCCUUGAACCCGUCAACCCCCGACUGGUACCGGGAUACCGCCGCGUCGUCAAGAACCCCAUGGACUUCCUCACCAUGAGAGAGAAGCUGCUGCAGGGAGGGUACGGGAGCUGCGAGGAGUUCGCGGCGGACGCUCAGCUCGUCUUCAACAACUGCGAGCUGUUCAACGAGGACACGUCGGAGGUGGGAACGGCGGGACACUCCAUGAGGCGUUUCUUUGAGAGCCGCUGGGCGGAGUUCUACUCGAACAAAGACAAAUGAGCGUCUUCCCCCCCCGGGAGGGGGCGGGGCUGCAUACUGUUGGCGCCGUCCCGGGCGCAGUCCUCUCCAUUCCCGCUAAGACUGUGCGGAGGUGGUUCCAGCGACGCGUGUUCUCUCAUGUAUAGGUAUAUAUGUAUAGAUUUUGGCUAUUUGUCUGUUAUUGUUCACUCUGCCGGCUAAACCGGUUUGAACUCGUACCCAUUCCUCGCCACGGAGAGCGAGAACGCGCCUCUCGCCACUUUUCAUUCCCCCUCUCGUGUCUCCUCAUCCUCACCCGGGCUCCUCAUCUCCAGUUGGCAUUUCUCCCGUCAACCCCCCCACACUGGGUUAUCUUGGUUGUUGCUCCGCCUGGAGGCCGCUCACACUAUCGCAGCCUGACCGCUGCGCUCUGGACCUGCUCGGCGACUAAAUGGAUCCAAACGCUCCUCUGCGCUCGGGGCCUCGUCCGACCCGCUCAAUGGAAUUGUAAUGUAAUGUGGUCUUAUGCCUAGAAGUAAUUUUUUUGCUCAAUAUAUUUUUAUUAUAUAUUCUAUACAUAAAUAUAUAUAAAGAUUACAAUAGCUGGGAUUAUUUAAUAGCAAUAGCGUGUAGUGGAUGUGUACAGAUUACCUUAUAGAGAUGUCUAGACGAUUUCUGAAAAAGGCCAGUUAAACUUGACAUAAUCUGUUCUUGGACUGUCACGAGUAGAUGUUGUAUAACCUCCACUUACGUCUUGCCGUUUCCACCUACACACACGACACGACUUGACACACACACACACACACCAACCUUCUGCUGCUCUGUGAAAGACACUGGCUUCUGAGACUUGGGGAUUUAUUCGAUGUUGAUCAGCCUGUCCAGGCUUCGACUUUUUUUAUUUCACUGUUCCCUCUUGUUAAAAGUAAAUUAUCAUCUAGUUUCACAGACUGUAUACAACUGAAUGGUUUCUAUGGCAACAAAUAGCUCACACUGAAAUUUUGCUCCAUUAUACGAUAAAAUGGCCUCGAGACGGCGUUUGCAGGCGAGAACUCUUCUGUGAGCCGGGGGCUCGUCUGAGCAGGUAGAAACAUCUAAGCUGGGCUGAAGAUCCUCCCGUUUUAAAGAGAAGAUGUGCGACGGAGCUCAGACAAUGAGGUUCUGGGCACAUCCCUGCCUGGUUUUCUGUCUUACAUUCCUUGUUAUUGAUUUGUUUGUUUUGUUGCUUUUCAAGGGCCAAUUUGUGACGUUGCGUUGGCGCGGUUGGUUUGCUCUGAAGGCGACAUGAUGACUCCACACUCUGGGUUUUAUUUAAACGUGUUUCUUACACUGAACUCAAAAUCGGUUGAUAGGAAAAUAGACUUUGAUGUUCCUCGCGACACUUAAAGGAACUGACGUUUUUUCAAAAAGGUAAAAAAAAAAAAUAGAUAUGAAAACCAAACGUGGUGUUAUGUGAAUUUUUAAUAAUGUACAGUUUUGGUGACUUUAAAUUUGUUCCUUUAUAUUUUUAGGACCAAAUCAUCAUUUUUAAGAGGAGGUAUUGCAAGACUCUGUUGUAUUACAGUGAUGUAACACGUGUGCAUCUGUAGAAUGUACUGUGCGUUGAAUAAAAACCACAUCUAGUAGA